AUGGAGGGCGAAUCGCUGCUGGAGCGGUACCUGGAGAGCUGCAGCGGGCAGGAUGACUUUUCCACUAGUCCUCAUCUGUUCACUCCUAUGAGCCCUUAUGAUUUAGAACUUCCAAUUCAAGCAUCUUCCCUGUUAAGUCAGUCCAAGGAGCUCCAUACAGACUUUUCCUCCGUGGACCUCAGCUUUCUCCCAGAUGUCACCCAAGACAACAAAGAACAAAACCCCUCUGAGGAUGGUCAUGAAACGCAGAAAGAGCUUGAUGGGUCACUACCAAGUCAGGAGGACAGUGGUGUUUUCAUGGAUGAAAGCAGCUUGUCACAUCCAGGUGCAGCUCAGCCAUCUCCUGAAGCACCUGGCGUGUGUCCUCCCCUGACUCCGAUGACUCCCAUCACCCCAGAGACAUCUGUUUCAGAAAGUUCUGGAAUAGUCCCCCAGCUACAGAAUAUUGUGUCAACUGUAAACCUGGCUUGUAAACUGGAUCUGAAGAACAUAGCUCUGCGUGCCAGAAAUGCAGAGUAUAACCCAAAGAGGUUUGCUGCUGUGAUCAUGAGAAUCAGGGAACCACGAACAACAGCCCUCAUCUUCAGUUCAGGAAAAAUGGUCUGCACAGGAGCAAAAAGUGAAGAGCAGUCAAGGCUGGCAGCCAGGAAAUACGCACGGGUGGUGCAGAAGCUCGGCUUCCCUGCCAAGUUCUUGGACUUCAAGAUCCAGAAUAUGGUGGGGAGCUGUGAUGUGAGGUUCCCCAUCCGGCUGGAAGGCUUGGUUCUCACCCACCAGCAGUUCAGCAGCUAUGAACCUGAACUGUUCCCUGGCCUGGUUUAUAGGAUGGUCAAACCAAGGAUAGUGCUGCUUAUCUUUGUGUCUGGAAAAGUUGUCCUGACUGGAGCAAAAGAUCGUUCUGAAAUCUGUGAGGCAUUUGAGAACAUCUACCCCAUUUUAAGAGGUUUCAAGAAACCAUCAUGA